AUGGAAAGGAGAAAUAUCGUCGGAGUGCUUCUGCCCACGUUGGUGGUGGUGGUGGGAAUCCUCGCCGCCGUGGUGGCUACGGUCGCCGGCUCUCCACCAGAGCCCAUCGUGAAGUGCAAGUCCGUCAACUCCGACUGCACCGUUACUAACACCUACGGCGUCUUCCCCGACCGCACCACCUGCCGCGUCGCCGCCGUCGCUUACCCCGCGGACGAAGCAGAGCUCGUGGCCGUCGUCUCCACCGCCACCGCAAAGAAACAGCACAUGAAGGUGGUCACCGAGUACGGCCACAGCAUCCCGAAGCUGUCCUGCCCCGGCGGCCCCGUUGGCACCGGGUUGGCCAUCAGCACUCAGAAGCUGAACAGGGUGGUGGCCAUCGACGCUAAGGCCAGACGGAUGACCUUCGAAGCCGGCAUCACCCUACAGCGGCUCUUCGCCGCCGCCGCCGCCGAGGGGCUGCCGCUGCUACACAGUCCCUACUGGUACGGGGUCACUCUUGGGGGCCUCCUCGCGACGGGCGCCCACGGCAGCUCCCUCUUCGGAAGGGUUCCGCUGUGCACGAAUACGUGGUGGGGAUGCGGCUGAUAGUCCCCACCGCCGCCGCGGCCGGCGGAGUCCAAGCCAGAGUCGUCGACCUCCGAGAAGGCGACCCGGAUCUCUUGGCGGCCAAGGUCGCCCUUGGUGUUCUCGGUGUCGUCUCCCAGGUAGAGUAUAUCCUUGCUAUAGAAUAGAAACCGAAACAUUAGGUUUAGCAUGUAGAAUCUUCGUCUCACCCGAGAUGGCCGUCCUCAGGUGACACUGCAGCUGUGAACGGGAGCCUUGCACGUGGGCCCCCCUGUUCGCAUAACGGCAUGGUGCGGUUAUGCGAGAAGUGCUCUGACGUGUACACGUCAGAGCACGUUGUGCGGUAAUGCAGAAUUUUCUGCAUGACGCGCAUUACUGGCCAGUCUUGGCCAGUUAGUUAUUUCUUACGGUUAUUUCUUUCCCACUUUGUUUUCUUAUUUCAAAGGACUGUAAGAGUUUUUUUAAACAGCGUGAUGAUCUCGCCGGCGACGUCUUAACUGCCGUCGUCUCUCCGACGAGUUUUGACAAGUGGUAUCAGAGCACCCAGGUUGCGGGCCGGGACUCGAUCGCGGCAAGGUACAGCCGUUGGAAUCGAGAACGCGCAAUCGAGACGCGCUAUGGCAGGAGGAAAGGACGGCGCGGUCCAGAGGGUGAUUCGUGUGAGGUGAGCGCCGGGACCGGGUUCCCAAUGCUCACCAAGACCAACUACUCCGACUGGGCGCUGCUCAUGAAGGUCAAGCUCAGAGCCCGGUUGCUCUGGACCGCCAUUGAGAAAGGGGGCGUCGAACCCCAUGAAGACAUGCAGGCGCUCGACGCGCUCUGCAGCGCCGUGCCGCCGGAAAUGUGGCCGGUGAUCGCGGACAAGGAGACGGCAAAGGAGGCCUGGGAGGCUAUCGCCACCAUGCGGAUCGGCGAUGACCGCGUAAAGAAGACGUCGGCGACGUUCAAGGAGGGAGAGUCUGUUGAGGACUACGCGCUGCGUCUCAACAGCAUGGCGUCGACUCUCACCACCCUCGGCGACAAGGUCGAAGAGACGCAGGUAGUGGAGAAGAUAAUCCGCAGUGUUCCCCAGCGUUUCAGACAGAUCAUGGUCGCGAUCACGAUGCUGCUCGACGUGUCGACGCUCACCGUCGCGGAUUUGACGGGUCGACUCAAGGCGGCGGAGGAUGCCUUCGAGAAACCGCCGUCGGCUAUGCACCACGACGGCAAGCUGUACCUGACCGAGGAAGAGUGGGACGCACGGCGGAGGAAGCGUGAUGCUGAGAAAACUGGUGGUGGAGGUAGCAGCAGCGUGACGCACCGUGGCGGACAUGGGCCGGGGCGCGGGCGCGGCCGUGGCAGCGACAAGGGCUCGUCAUCAGGCGGCCUGACGGGCAACUCAGGCCGGCCCAGCGGUGAUGAGUGCAGGAGAUGCGGGAAGCUGGGCCACUGGGCCCGCGAGUGCCGCUCUAAGCCCAAGAAAGAGCAGGCCCACGUCGUCCAGGAUGAGGAGGAGGCCUCGCUCCUUCUCGUGAAGUCAACGACGGCCAUAUCGACGGCGCCGCCACCAACCUCCACUCCACCACGUUUUGCUGCGACUCCGCAGGCAGAGGAUCGGCUCCGGCGUGCAAGCCCACCGCCGCCGGGAGCAAAAGGGGUCCCCGUCAAUGGAGGGGCCGCCAAAGAAGAGAAGAAGCCAGGCGCCCAGACCCAGAUCCAUCUGCGGGAAGAGAAGGUGUUCGCCCACCUUGAAGAGGAGGAGCUGCGUGAUGAGGAGGCGUGGGUCGUGGACACGGGCGCCACGAACCACAUGUCGGGUUCCCGUACGGCUUUCACCGAGCUGGACACGGCGGUGCUUGGGACGGUGCGGUUCGGCGACGACUCGGUGGCGCGGAUCGAAGGCCGGGGGGCAAUCGUGUUCCUGUCCUUCGCGGGGGUGUAUUACAUUCCCCGACUGACGACGAACAUCGUCAGCGUCGGCCAACUCGAUGAGGCCGGGUACCAUAUCGACAUCGAGAAGGGGGCGAUGAAGGUCCAUCAGCCAGGCGGACGGCUCCUGGCGAAGGUGAUGCGCGGAAGAACCGGCUGUACAUUCUCCACGCCAAGCUGGUUCGGCCGGUGUGCCUGGAGGCGCGGGGAGUCGAAGAAGCUUGGAAAUGGCACGCGCGCCUCGGACAUGUCAACAUGGCCGCGCUGCGUAAGAUGGCUCGGGAGGAGCUGAUGCGCGGGUUGCCGGCAGUUGGUCAGGUGGACCAGCUGUGUGAGGCGUGUCUCGCUGGCAAGCAGAAGCGGUCGCCGUUCCCCGAGCAGGGAGAGUACCGGGCGCGGCGUGUUCUGGAGCUGGUGCACAGCGACCUCUGUGGUCCGAUUGCGCCGGAAACGCCAAACGGUAGCAAGUAUUUCCUGCUGCUCGUGGAUGAUCGAAGCCGGCACAUGUGGGUGGCCAUGCUGCCUUCAAAGGAACGUGCUGCAGUGGCCAUCAAGGAGAUCAAGGCUCGGGCAGAAGGCGAGUCAGGACUGAAGCUGGGAGCGCUCCGUACUGAUCGGGGCGGCGAAUUCACCUCACAUGAGUUCGCGGAGUACUGCGCGGGAGAAGGUAUUCAUCGUCAACACACGGCGCCAUACAGCCCGCAGCAGAAUGGCAUCGUCGAGCGCAGGAACGGCACGGUGGUAGCAACCGCGAGGAGCAUGCUCAAGGCAAAGGGACUGCCGGGCUGGUUUUGGGGUGAGGCAGUGGCAACUGCUGUAUACAUCCUGAACCGGCGGCGCACCAUCUGAAGGUGUUCGGAUGCAUCACCUACGUCCUGAACACGACACCACAUCUCAAGAAGCUGGAGGACCGCGGCCGCAAGAUGAUCUUCAUCGGCUACGAGUGCGGAUCAAAGGCCUACCGUGCCUACGAUCCCACCACGAGGCGUGUCCAUGUGACACGGGACGUGGUGUUCGACGAAAAUGCCCAGUGGGACUGGGGCAGCGGCGCGGAGCAAGGGGAUGCGGGCAGCCACGACGACAUGUUCACAUUGGAGUAUGCCGUCGGGAACCAGGUACCUCCGGAGCUCGAUGGCGCCAUCGAGGUACUUGAUGAUGAUGCGCCGGGACCGGAGCCAAUGUCGCCACCGUCCGUGCACUCCAGUGGGGGAGCGGUGCCGAUUGAAGAUGGAGGAAAGGAGGUGGAGUUCGCCACUCCACCCAGUGUCCACAUCGACCACCUGGAUGCUAAUCACGAUGAUGUGCCACUCCGGUUCCGCAAGAUCGACGACAUCGUUGGGCUGGCCUCGCCGCGUGGUCUCGCGUCGCGGGCGUUAAUUGCAAAGGAGCUGCACGCUGUAAGUUCUGAUGAGCCGGUCUCUUUUGCUGAAGCAGAGGGCCACCCGAGCUGGAGGAAGGCUAUGGAGGAGGAGAUGGCGUCGAUCGAGGAGAACCGCACCUGGUCCCUGGUUGACCUCCCACAUGGUCACCGGGGGAUCGAGGAGAACCGCCCCUUCUCAUCACUCUCGCGGUGCACGAGGGGUGGGAGGUGCACCACAUGGACGUCAAGUCGGCGUUCUUGAAUGGCGAUCUCAAGGAAGAGGUGUACGUGGAGCAGUCGGCCGGUUUCAUCAGCACGGGCAAUGAGCACAAGGUGUUCAAGUUGAAAAAGGCACUCUACGGCUUGCAUCAGGCGCCUAGGGCCUGGAAUGCGAAGCUAGACGAAACGCUACUGUCGUUCAGAUUCAGGAGGAGUCUCUCGGAACAGGCCAUCUACACCAGGUGGAAUGGGGAGAUGCAGCUGGUGGUCGGGGUGUACGUCGAUGACCUGGUGAUCAUUGGCGCCAGCUGCGACGACAUCAAGCAGUUCAAAAAGGAGAUGGCUGAUGCAUUUAGGAUGAGCGACCUCGGCCUGCUUCGCUACUAUCUCGGCAUUGAAGUCAGGCAGAGCACGGGGGGCACCUCGAUCAGCAUACAGAAGCAUCGUGGGGAGUCUCAGGUACCUGGUCAAUACUCGUCCAGACCUGGCAUUUGUUGUUGGCUAUGUGAGUCAUUUUCUAGAGGAGCCACGAAAGGAUCACUUGAAAAAGCAAAUUCUCCGUUAUCUGGGAGGUCAACCAGGGACCAGGUGCGGUUCUCCUCGAUCGACGCCAUCUCCUCCUCCAUAGCCUUCCUCCAGCUCGGGUGGCCCUCUGCUUCAGCAAAAGAGACCGGCUCAUCAGAACUUACAGCGUGCAGCUCCUUUGCAAUUAACGCCCGCGACGCGAGACCACGCGGCGAGGCCAGCCCAACGAUGUCGUCGAUCUUGCGGAACCGGAGUGGCACAUCAUCGUGAUUAGCAUCCAGGUGGUCGAUGUGGACACUGGGUGGAGUGGCGAACUCCACCUCCUUUCCUCCAUCUUCAAUCGGCACCGCUCCCCCACUGGAGUGCACGGACGGUGGCGACAUUGGCUCCGGUCCCGGCGCAUCAUCAUCAAGUACCUCGAUGGCGCCAUCGAGCUCCGGAGGUACCUGGUUCCCGACGGCAUACUCCAAUGUGAACAUGUCGUCGUGGCUGCCCGCAUCCCCUUGCUCCGCGCCGCUGCCCCAGUCCCACUGGGCAUUUUCGUCGAACACCACGUCCCGUGUCACAUGGACACGCCUCGUGGUGGGAUCGUAGGCACGGUAGGCCUUUGAUCCGCACUCGUAGCCGAUGAAGAUCAUCUUGCGGCCGCGGUCCUCCAGCUUCUUGAGAUGUGGUGUCGUGUUCAGGACGUAGGUGAUGCAUCCGAACACCUUCAGAUGGUGCGCCGCCGGUUCAGGAUGUAUACAGCAGUUGCCACUGCCUCACCCCAAAACCAGCCCGGCAGUCCCUUUGCCUUGAGCAUGCUCCUCGCGGUUGCUACCACCGUGCCGUUCCUGCGCUCGACGAUGCCAUUCUGCUGCGGGCUGUAUGGCGCCGUGUGUUGACGAUGAAUACCUUCUCCCGCGCAGUACUCCGCGAACUCAUGUGAGGUGAAUUCGCCGCCCCGAUCAGUACGGAGCGCUCCCAGCUUCAGUCCUGACUCGCCUUCUGCCCGAGCCUUGAUCUCCUUGAUGGCCACUGCAGCACGUUCCUUUGAAGGCAGCAUGGCCACCCACAUGUGCCGGCUUCGAUCAUCCACGAGCAGCAGGAAAUACUUGCUACCGUUUGGCGUUUCCGGCGCAAUCGGACCACAGAGGUCGCUGUGCACCAGCUCCAGAACACGCCGCGCCCGGUACUCUCCCUGCUCGGGGAACGGCGACCGCUUCUGCUUGCCAGCGAGACACGCCUCACACAGCUGGUCCACCUGACCAACUGCCGGCAACCCGCGCAUCAGCUCCUCCCGAGCCAUCUUACGCAGCGCGGCCAUGUUGACAUGUCCGAGGCGCGCGUGCCAUUUCCAAGCUUCUUCGACUCCCCGCGCCUCCAGGCACACCGGCCGAACCAGCUUGGCGUGGAGAAUGUACAGCCGGUUCUUCCGCGCAUCACCUUCGCCAGGAGCCGUCCGCCUGGCUGAUGGACCUUCAUCGCCCCCUUCUCGAUGUCGAUAUGGUACCCGGCCUCAUCGAGUUGGCCGACGCUGACGAUGUUCGUCGUCAGUCGGGGAAUGUAAUACACCCCCGCGAAGGACAGGAACACGAUUGCCCCCCGGCCUUCGAUCCGCGCCACCGAGUCGUCGCCGAACCGCACCGUCCCAAGCACCGCCGUGUCCAGCUCGGUGAAAGCCGUACGGGAACCCGACAUGUGGUUCGUGGCGCCCGUGUCCACGACCCACGCCUCCUCAUCACGCAGCUCCUCCUCUUCAAGGUGGGCGAACACCUUCUCUUCCCGCAGAUGGAUCUGGGUCUGGGCGCCUGGCUUCUUCUCUUCUUCGGCGGCCCCUCCAUUGACGGGGACCCCUUUUGCUCCCGGCGGCGGUGGGCUUGCACGCCGGAGCCGAUCCUCUGCCUGCGGAGUCGCAGCAAAACGUGGUGGAGUGGAGGUUGGUGGCGGCGCCGUCGAUAUGGCCGUCGUUGACUUCACGAGAAGGAGCGAGGCCUCCUCCUCAUCCUGGACGACGUGGGCCUGCUCUUUCUUGGGCUUAGAGCGGCACUCGCGGGCCCAGUGGCCCAGCUUCCCGCAUCUCCUGCACUCAUCACCGCUGGGCCGGCCUGAGUUGCCCGUCAGGCCGCCUGAUGACGAGCCCUUGUCGCUGCCACGGCCGCGCCCGCGCCCCGGCCCAUGUCCGCCACGGUGCGUCACGCUGCUGCUACCUCCACCACCAGUUUUCUCAGCAUCACGCUUCCUCCGCCGUGCGUCCCACUCUUCCUCGGUCAGGUACAGCUUGCCGUCGUGGUGCAUAGCCGACGGCGGUUUCUCGAAGGCAUCCUCCGCCGCCUUGAGUCGACCCGUCAAAUCCGCGACGGUGAGCGUCGACACGUCGAGCAGCAUCGUGAUCGCGACCAUGAUCUGUCUGAAACGCUGGGGAACACUGCGGAUUAUCUUCUCCACUACCUGCGUCUCUUCGACCUUGUCGCCGAGGGUGGUGAGAGUCGACGCCAUGCUGUUGAGACGCAGCGCGUAGUCCUCAACAGACUCUCCCUCCUUGAACGUCGCCGACGUCUUCUUUACGCGGUCAUCGCCGAUCCGCAUGGUGGCGAUAGCCUCCCAGGCCUCCUUUGCCGUCUCCUUGUCCGCGAUCACCGGCCACAUUUCCGGCGGCACGGCGCUGCAGAGCGCGUCGAGCGCCUGCAUGUCUUCAUGGGGUUCGACGCCCCCUUUCUCAAUGGCGGUCCAGAGCAACCGGGCUCUGAGCUUGACCUUCAUGAGCAGCGCCCAGUCGGAGUAGUUGGUCUUGGUGAGCAUUGGGAACCCGGUCCCGGCGCUCACCUCACACGAAUCACCCUCUGGACCGCGCCGUCCUUUCCUCCUGCCAUAGCGCGUCUCGAUUGCGCGUUCUCGAUUCCAACGGCUGUACCUUGCCGCGAUCGAGUCCCGGCCCGCAACCUGGGUGCUCUGAUACCACUUGUCAAAACUCGUCGGAGAGACGACGGCAGUUAAGACGUCGCCGGCGAGAUCAUCACGCUGUUUAAAAAAACUCUUACAGUCCUUUGAAAUAAGAAAACAAAGUGGGAAAGAAAUAACCGUAAGAAAUAACUAACUGGCCAAGACUGGCCAGUAAUGCGCGUCAUGCAGAAAAUUCUGCAUUACCGCACAACGUGCUCUGACGUGUACACGUCAGAGCACUUCUCGCAUAACCGCACCAUGCCGUUAUGCGAACAGGGGGGCCCACGUGCAAGGCUCCCGUUCACAGGAGCCGAUGUUCAAGAGAUCCAUCACCUACCGAGUCCAGCGAGACCAGGCCUUCGAGUCGACGGUGAGUUCAUUUGCCACCACCACUGAGUUCGGGGACAUCGCCUGGUACCCCGGGCCGGAGAAGGUGGUGUACAGGGACGACGUGAGGCUGCUGGUUACGGCACCGGGGAAGGGGAAGAAUGACUUUAACGGAUUCCAGCCGCAGCUGUCGGUGCUCAUCUCCACGCUCCGAAAAUCAGGUCAGACACAGAUGAAAAUCCUCCAAUUCUUCGACGAGGUUGCUGACCCGUCGGAGGUUCUGGGCUUCCCUGCAGAGGAGCUGCUGGAGGCGAUGGAGAACUCGAACGGCAGGUGCAUCCUUGCCAAGAUCCAGAUGACCACCUCGCUCGCCACCGGCGCCGGCCUGAAGAACCACGAGAGCAGUCUUACUGACUUCACGGAGUACCCGGUCGUCGGCAACCAGAGCGAGAUGCAGUCCUCAGGCUCGUGCCUCACCGGUGAGGACGACGACCUCCUCAAGGCCUGCAUCUGGGACCCCCCCAUAGACGGGCUCUUCUACCGCCAGACGGCGUUCAGCAUCCCCAUGCCGGACGUCGCGGCCUUCGUCGCCGAUGUCAAGAAACUCCACGCCCAGAGGCCCGGCUCUCUCUGCGGGCUCGACCUCUACAGCGGGCUGCUCAUGAGGUUCGUCCGCAACUCCACGGUCUACCUGGGCAAGACGGCCGACUGUGCCGACUUCGACAUGACCUACUUCCGCUCGAAAGACCCGGAGGAUCCCCCCCUGGACCAGGACAUCCUCGAGGAGGUAGAGCAAAUGGCCUUCUUCAAGUACGGCGCGGUGCCGCACUGGGGGAAGAACCGGCACGUUGGGUUCAUCGGCGCCGGCGACAAGUACGGCGACCGGUGAGUGAGAGUGAAUCCUCCGCCGCUCCGAUCACUCGACUUGCUGGUCCUCCAAUCUGAUCUGUGUUUGUUCCGGCGGCAGGAGGGACCGGUUCGUGGCGGCGAUGGUAAAGUACGACGGCGAGGGGCUCUUCUCUUCUGACUGGACCGACGCUGUGCUGGGCAUCCGGGGGAAGAGUUUGUCGGUCGAGAAGAAGGGCUGCGCCCUGGAAGGUCUCUGCAUCUGUUCUCGCGACGAGCACUGUGCGCCAGCGAAGGGGUACUUCUGCCUCCGGGGGCUGGUUUACGAAGAUGCUAGGGUCUGCCGGAAGUCGGGGACGGCGACGCCCCCAUUGUUCACAUAG